AUGGUGGGGUACAACCAUCAGCAACUGAAUUGGUGCGAAGGACACACGCUAAGAAUGAACAUUUUCGGUGACAAACGAGCAGAAGCUCGUGUAGCUGCUGCUGAGGCAUUAGCAAGGCAGCGCUUAGAAGAAGCAAAUUAUCUGGACAGCCAAAAUGAAUCAGCUGUCACUGAACCUACCCCGCAGCAGCUUAUUGAUGCUUACAUAGAUGUUGCAAUGAAUAACAAAGGACAUGUGUAUGGACUAGGAUCGACUCAGCAUGUUGAUGUUGCUGCCAACGAGUCUGCUGGUGCUUCUCUCCGCAGGAACAUGGAUGUAGAAAUGCGCAUGACCGAUAUGGAAGGCCACGUAGGCGAGCUAAGCAAUGAAUGUGCAGAUAUGAAGAAAGCGAUGGCGGUGCUUUUGCUGAUCAAUGGAGUCGAUCCGGUAACACUUCAACAAGUUCCACGUGCAUGUUCGAGUGAGUCUGCAGAUGAUCCAACCCAGCUCCCCCCCCCCAAAUUGUUCACCUUUAGAGUUAAGGUUUUCAGUUUUAAGGUUUCAUAG